ACUUCCUCAUCUGAUCCAGAUCUUCGACUUCUGUGUUUGUUCUGAGGGGACCAUGACGACGAACACCACCACCACCACCACCAGCAGCAGCCUCGCAGUGACAUCCACCCCUGCAGUCCACUUCACCAUGCCCUACAGAAUCGCCCUGAUAGUAAUCUACUCUGUCGUGCUUCUGGUGGGCAUCACAGGCUUAGGUCUCAUGAUCAGCUUGUUAAAAGCCAACAUUCGCUCGCUAACCACCAUCGCCUUCCUGAACCUGAUGGUCGCACAUUUUCUGUUUCUGCUCACCGUGCCAUUCAGAAUCUACUAUUUCGCGUUUCUAAAAUGGAACCUGAGUCAGGGGAUGUGUAAACUGGUCAGCGCCAUGGUGCAUAUCCACAUAUACAUGGUGUUUACCAUAUACGCCAUCAUUCUUACCCUUCGUUUCCUCCAAUUCUACAAGAAAACGCAACGGACUGAGUUUUACAGGCGGCUGCACGCACUGGGCGCGAGCGCUUUAGUGUGGUUCCUACUUCUGCUCAUCAUGCUACCCCUCGUGUUCUUUCAAUACGGCCAAUCUUCUGAAAGCAAUAAUAACGUCAACACAGAAAAUCAGUGCUUCAAAUUUCAGAAUAUGUUAAAUAACACAUCCGUCUACAUCCUGAACAUGAUUCUUUCCAUCUUUAUUAUCAGUGUGUCGGGUCUUCAGACCUGCAUCCAGGCGUUCAUCCUGCACGUUAUGAUACGCAAGUACGGAUCGGCCAGUCGUUCCCAGCAGGAGUUUUGGGUCCAAAUAAAAAACCUCAUCUUUGUACUUAUCUUGCUCACCUGCCUGGUACCAUACCACCUUUUUCGGCUGCAUUACCUGAACAACACUAUCGAUCUUCAUGUGAUAAAUGAGGUGUUUCUGGCCAUCACGGGACUGACAUGUUUCGACAUGCUAACGUUCACAGGGAAGAACGUGUGUCAGGUGUGCUGGCCCUAAAGCUGUGGAUAUUCUCACAUCAUUGACUAUUAAUCAGGGUCUGCACACAGGUGUGAAAAUGUAAGCUGUUCUUACAGGAAAC